CUAUCAUUUGCUGACGAUCAUGCUGGCAUAACAAAUAUCCUAUGUCACAAGUCCAAAAUGGCUGUGAUCAAUAGCUCAGAAAAGUUUCCUUAUAAGCAGAGAGAUCUCCAUUGGGGGAAUGUCACGGUGGGAGUCACAAGUCAAAUUUUUUCUACCACUCUUGACCUUCUUCACUUCUCUUUUCACACAUGCUGCGAUGUACGGUACUCAUCAUCAUUCUAUAUUAUAUCAAAUUUAUAUACGCUAUACCUGUCAAUUUUGACGAUAGUCAAGUUCGCCAAUUGCAGCUUUCUAGCACGGGAGAUAUAAACAAACCUUGCGGGUAUGCUGUGGUGUCAUGCAUAGCGUUGCCAGGGGAUCCUCUCGCAAAGCCAAUUCGCUGCGGAAAGCUUACUAAAGCACCGGUUUGUCGAAAUGGUUCUAGCGAACAAUGUCAUUCAUUUUGCGAACAAGAGAGUGGCGACCAGCUUUGUACAUUUGCGUUCGCGUCAUGCUGUUCACAAGGCUAUGACGGUUGUGUAGCUACUCGACCAAAGGAAAUAUUGGAAUAUAAUGGAUCGAAUAUAUGGUCAUAAUUGUAUCAUCCUGUAGGCAACAUUCACUGAGACAUCAAUAUCCCUGGAUGCAUGAUAUCGCUAGGAUAUAAUGAAAGUCUCACUCCUUAUUUGUAUAAGAAAAA